AAAGGGGAGGGCGCGGGGGGACCCUUUAGGGCGACGCACCCCGCGCGGCAGAUGGAAGGUAAAGCUAUCCUAGAGCCCGCCGUCGCUGAUUCGUCUCCAGCACGAGGGUGGCAGUUAUCUGAGCGCUAAAAUAUGGCUGGACAAAUAUCAGAAUCUGAUCAGAUAAAGCAGUUCAAGGAAUUUCUUGGGACAUACAACAAAUUGACAGAAACCUGCUUCCUGGAUUGUGUGAAAGAUUUCACCAGCCGAGAAGUCAAGCCAGAAGAGAUGACUUGCUCAGAGCACUGCUUACAGAAGUAUUUAAAAAUGACCCAGAGGAUAUCUAUGAGGUUUCAGGAGUACCACAUUCAGCAGAAUGAAGCGCUGGCUGCCAAAGCAGGACUUCUUGGCCAGCCUCGCUAAAAGGCAGGGGCUGCCUUUGUGAAGGAGUGCCAACGUUGAUUGCAUUGCACACAAAGGUGCAUUGGUCUCCACCGCUGCUGUGGCAACAUCCAACAGCUGGGAACAGAAGCCCUCAGGAAACAACUGAACUGUGGAAACCACCAGGAGCUGCAGUUGGGGUUGGCAGUGGCUGCAGAGCUGAUGGAGUCUGUUCCGAGAUUGUCUUCUAUUGUGCAUUGAAAUAAUGUUGAUACCACCUUUUUUUCUGGAGGCUUACAGAUUUGCUUCUGACCGUCACUAGGUUAAAGAUGGGGAGGGAACAACCGCAUUUUAGUUUUUGUUGUUUCUUAUACAAUGACUUAAUUUUUAAAACACAAGCGUGUCGUCCAAAAAUUAUAUCCCAAAGUGUCUAAAGCAAGGUUUAUUUUUUAUUUAAUCAAAGUAAAAUAAAUUGAAAUUACUGUU